AUGAGCACGCCCACGACCAGCAAGAUACGGAUCCUCUGCCUGCACGGCUACGCUCAGAACGCCGCCUUCUUCCGCCAGCGCACCGGCUCGCUGCGCAAGGCGCUGAAGGCGGUCGCGGGUGACUUUGUCUUUGUCGACGCACCCUUUGCAGCCACCGCCGGCUUCCUAGGCGACAUCAACGCCGAUGAGCGCGGACAGUCGCUCGGCUGGUGGACUUUUGACGAGGCCACCGCCUCGCGCCCGUCCCUCUCGCACGAGUACGCUGGCGUCGAGCGGUCGCUCGAGCUCCUCGACGCCACAUGCGAGAGGGAGGGGCCGUUUGACGGCGUGCUCGGCUUCUCUCAGGGCGCGGCGCUGGCGGCGCUGCUGUGUAUGCGUCGGCGCACCCUCUUUCGCUUCGCGAUUCUCGUCGCAGGCAACGCGCCGCCCUUCUGA